AAAUGAAACGAAAUGUCACGAAUUUUAAAUAUCGAAUGCAGUCGAGCAAAUGACCUCGUUUUUGAAAAUUUAUAUUGAAAAUGAAGAGUGAAAUUUUGCAAUAAUUAAGUAAUUUGUCAGUUAGAGUUUUUGUAGUAAUAUAUUAUAUUUAUUUACAUUGCAUAUUUUUAACACUUUAUGUUGGCGUUUUCAAUGUCCUAAAUUAUGUUGAUAAAUAGUGUCAAUGAAGCCAACGACAGUGAGCAAAUAUCUGAUCUCCCUGCUGAGUGUCACACUGAUGACCACGCCUGUGAAUACCAAACUGCAGAUGAACUUUUUGAAUUAAUGGCAAGAAAUCACCAAUAUGAUUGUAAUGGUCAUUCCCUUUCGCCUAGCGAUUUAGUGAUAUUAUAUAGAAACAUCGAAAUGGGCACACAAUUGAUGAGCGGUGCUGAAACUUUGAAUUGUUCUAAAUCUAACCAGUACGUAGAAACUGUCGUGUACAACGAAGACCCCGACUCAGAUGGCACCGAUAGUAGUGAAAUAUAUUCAAGUGACGACCUGUACAAUGUGGUUUUGUUCAACAAAGACCGAAUCGACCUUUUGAGCAAUCCAUCAUCACUGAAGAAUACCUUGUGUAACAAAUUGGGCGAUAUAGAGAUGCCAACCGCCAACAUAUCAGUGCAUUAUAACAAGCGCUUUCUUUACAAUAACCCAUACAUCAAUGAACAGCUAACAAAUUUGAAUAUUAUAUUAAAAUCCACAUCCGAAGAAUUCAAUGGUCCCUUACUUUCAUCUUCACUAUUAGAUUACAUUUCUUGCAAGCGGAUGGAUAACAACUACGAUUUCUACAUGGAUAAUAUUAUAAAAUAUGUGCAACACACUAUCGAGCAGCUGAGACGGAUAAGCAACGGAGAUUAUUUAACUGACAGAGCAAAAGAGAAAUGGAAAGAAUCCAAUUAUGCUGAUAAUAAACAUAAUGAUUUUGAAAAUAUGAAAAUACUCGCCACCUCCGCCAGCAUCCCACUACAGGUUGAACAAAAAGCUAACUUUCAUUACAGUACAUGGGAUGAUAUAAUACAUUCAGAGGUGGAUGUAAGAUCCUUGUGCAAAAUUUUAGAAAAAAAAGUAGUCGUUGAAAUCCCUAAAUUAAUCCAAGGAUCUUAUAAAUUGUUUAGCAAAUUGCAUUCAGACAACUUAGUUCUUUGUUGUAAAAAAAGACAGGAAUCAAAAAAUAAUUCGCAAGAGGCACGACUUGACGUUGUUUUAAAACUAGGCCACUCUGAGACAGGACAAGUUAUUAACAAUAUUAGCUCGAUAGUGAUAUAUCAAAAUAAUCCACAAAAUCAACAAGGUAGGUCGACAACAGCUUUAUUGCCAUUACUUUGUAAUGAGAUCCCCGCAGCUAAAGAAGACCAACAAUUACAUAAAACUGUUGAAAUUGAAGAAGUAAAAGAGGAGAUUGUACCAACACUAGAAAACUUCACAGAUUUUCUAGAAGUAUUGGAUCAUAAGAAUUCUGAAGUUGCCGACACAUCUCAAAGAACUGAAUGUGAUAGUUAUGAUAACGAUAACUACUAUUUAAAUAAUAUUUUUUCCUCAUCCAGUGACUGUGCUGAAUCAAGAGAUUUGGACACGGGAGUUCUUGUGAAUAUUUUACAACAGGAGUCAUUUAAUAACAUGAACUCAUCCGAUGAUCUUGUUUUUUCAACCCAGAGGUUAAUAAUGGAUUCUUUACCUGAAGAAAGUUAUGAGGAGGUUAAAAAACCUGUCAAAAUGAAAUCCCCAACUAAAAUAAGAGUGAAAUCGCCUUACGAAAAUAAAUCAUUUUUAAUGGAAGAAAAAAAGAGAAAAAAGCUUUUAGAAAUAAGAGAAAGGCGUGAAAAAAAGAAGAUGGCGAUGAAUGAAAGUUGCAAAAUAUCCAAACAUAAAUAUGGCAAAGGUUCGAUUAUGCCUCGACCAUCUAGUUCCGUCACCAAGUUAUCGAUUACCAAUAAGUCAUUUUAUAAUUCUAUUUAUGGACAAAAUGCUAAAGAUGAUAAUAUGCAAACAAGUAAAUCUAAAUCUUGUAAAGGAAAAAAAGAUAUGAUGUUAGAAAAUAGUUUCGAACAAACUUCAGAAAUUCUGUCACCUGAUACAAAUAAUAAGAAAUACGUUGACCGCAGUUAUUACUUGGAUGAAGCUGUGACGGAAAUAAUGUAUACAGAACCAAGUGAACAUAGUAGUGAUGUGAGAGACUUGUUUUCAGUUUCUACGUCUGUUUUAUCAAGUGAUUUAGGACCUAACAUAUCCUCAAUUCCUCCAACAAUAAAUAGUCCGUGCGAUAAAUCUGAACGAUUUGACGAAACUAAUGAGUCGAAUGACACAACCAACAAAAGUGGAAACGAAUUGGAUGCAACAUCUUUACAUAGUAUACGUGACAAUGAACCAUCAACAUCUUAUAAAAGUGACCACAAAAAAGCUAUACCUAUCGAAUGCCGAAAAAGUAUAGAUAAAAUAUACGGUUUGAUGAAAAAAUUAGGCAAUGAUACAUUGGAAUCUAAAUCAUCACCAACAAAAUGUAUGACAUCAGGUACAAACAACAUCGAAACAAAUGUUGCUCCAGAAAGCUCUUUGCAAUAUAGUGAUAGCGGCACAAGUCUGAAACAUCUUUUGGAAUCUUCGAACCCUAGCAGCUUUAGCUUUGAUAAAAUACCUACCAUCGACCAAGUCUCUUCACCAAAGAGCGAUAUAACCAAAAAAGUCAAUGGCGUAAUAACUGUUGUACCAAAAGUAAUAAUAAGUGCUAAGCAAUCCGCGAUAAAAAUGGAAGGAGACAAAAUGAAAAAGGAACGUAAGAAAAUUGCAGUAAACAUUCAAAAAAUACCAGAUAAUCCUUUAAAAGCUAUAUCACAAUUGUUACAUGAGUUUGAUAGUGUUCAAAGAACAAGGCAUAAAAUAACAGUUGAAUCAAAAGGUAACAAGAAGUCAGAAGUUUCUUUCGAGAAUCGUAAUAUUUCUCGACAGGGUGCUCUCAAGACUCGCUUACACUUAGAAACACCUGAUGUUAUAAAACAUGAACCAGCUAAUGAAAAAAAUAAAGUCGUCAUAAGGGAGCGAAAGGUGAAACCUAGUGUUAUACACGAACCUUUAAAAAUACUUCACCAACCAUCACCGACCGAAGAUAGGCAAAUCGAUCGUACCAGGAAAAGAUUAGCAGAUAUAAUAGAUGAAGUGAAAGAGGCCAAAGGAGAAGCCGUACGAGGCCCAUCGAAAUUUACUUCGAGAUUGAAUACUCUCGCUCAGCCAAAGAAAUCUUAUGUGCAAGCUCACAGUGAGGAGUAUCAAACGAAAUAUGGAAGAACUUUAAUGGCAGAUAGGCUUCAGAGAUUGGCUGGGUCGCAGGCACCGAUGCAAACCACUGAGCGCCAUUUGAUGUCAGGGAGCGCAAGGGGUAGGUCGAGACGUAGUGUAGAGCCGGUGGCCGGUGCCUCCAAGAGUCAGCAACCUCCUUCGUUGCCUCCUUUAGAACGAGGAACCAAGCACCGGCGGUCAGCAAGUGCCAGCCCCGAGAAACCUGCAGAGCCCGACGUUACGUUAUAUAAGCAGAGUCAUGAUCCAGAUGCACCAGAAACAUUGAAAAACAAGAUGGUUGCUGUGGAGUCAUACGUGAAAAGUCACUAUGGACGUGCGGCGACUGCUAACGGGGACCAUGCUCGUAUGGCGAAUAAAGCUAGGGUGCCGCUCGUGCCUCAUGAUCUCGACUUUUCUCCAGUGCCGUCUUCUCCUACUGGGGAAGAGUCUGCAGCCAUUGGCAACAAAUUACACUGCAUCAUCAACAGCAUUAUGAAGGUGAAACCUGGAAUGCUUGCUGCUCUCGCCGAGAGCCCGGAGAGUGACUCGAAACACAGUCAAGAAGACCAGUUCAAUGAUGAACUUUAUCACUCGAGAGAUGAUAAAACAUCUUCUGUUGAUUCUGAGUAUCGUGCUGACAUAUUCGAAGACAAAAAUGUCAAAACUGCCGUACAGAAUUUUCUAGAAGACAAAAGUGAAGAGACCGUCACUGAGGAAACUUCUGAACGAUCGUAUGCGUUCAAAUAUGGAGGGGUAGAAACGUCCGAUUCUACCAUCGCAUUGGAGGAACUCGAAAAUGCUUUACAUCGUCGGAUAUCAGUCGGAGCAUUUUCUAAACGUUUGAGAUUAAAAAAAUUAACGAUCACACCUAAACAAUCAAUGCAGCAAAUGUUUUUAGCACAGUCCGGUGAUGCAGAAUCAGGAUUAUUGAUUCAAUCCGCAAUUUCGAAAAACCUGAAAGUUAAUAUUUCACAGGCUAACAGCGAAAUAAAAUUAAGAGAAAUUCGAUCAUUGGUCCAACCUCAACUGGAUUGGAGAGUAACAAGUAUACCUCUACAAAUUACCACUGUGGGAUAUGCAUUUCCACAAUACGACAUGACUCAGUGUAGCUCAAACUUCGAUAUAAAAUCUAUUGUAGAUAGAACAUUGAAUGAUGACGCUAAACGUAGCCAAAAAUCAUUACUGGAAACAAAUUCGACGCAAAAUAUAAUUAUUAGUCGCUGUGAUGCAUUUUUGUCUGACAUAGACAAAGAAGCAAAACAAGAUCAACCACCAGACAAAUUAACGCCAAUACCAAUGGAAACUGCUACUGCAACCAAAGAAAUAUUUGAAGACGGUGAAUUCGAAAACACGUCAAAAUCAUUCAAGAAUUCUAUUUAUCAAGUCCGAAAUGUUAAAAAUGAAACUAAUAACCAUAUAAACUACACUUCAUCCUUAGAUAUGUUAGUCGGAAUUUUGAAUGAGAUACAGAAGAUUACUGCAUGUCAUAUUACUAGCACUGAAACUUGUGAUAAUCAGGAAUGCAAGCAACUAGAAAAUGUGUUGUGUAAUGACGACACUAAGUGCAUUGUGAAUUUGAACAAAUCUCAGGACCUAAUUUCUAUCACUUCCUUAGAUAGACUGAGGCAAUUGGAUUCCAAUGCUAGUAUAUACUCUCUUUAUAUUUCAAAUGAUGAAUCUGAGGAAGACAGCUCGAAAGUAAUAUCUAAUGUAAACAUUGCACUAUUUCAUGAUAAAAGCAAAUUUGCUGACAAAGAAGUAAGCGCCGAUUUUCCAGAGAAGCAGCUGACUAGUACGUUUACAGAUGUUCCAUCUUUGUUUCCUUUAGCAGUUACUCACAGUACAAAUGUAACAGAGUCACUGAUGAGAAUAUUGUGUAUACCAUCUAAUCGAACUGUGAUUUCGGACCCUAAUGAUAACGAUGAAAAUUACAGCGAAUUAUCCAUAGAUCGUCAAAAUAAAUUAAUUGAAAUAUCGCCAUCAACUGUAAUAAAAAAAACUAAACCGUAUUCCACAAUGUGUUCAGAAAUUGCAAAUGUUUUACAGACUGCUGUCAUUAAACAAAAACAUAUCAAAGAUACACAAAUGGAUGAAAUUGAUGUUAGCUCUUUUAAAGCUAAUAAUAGUUUGUUAAAAGGAAACCAGCUUGAUCAACUGACACUCCAAUAUAAUGUUUCGAACUAUGAUCCACUGCUCAAGAUAAAAAGGGAUAUUUUAGUAACAGUGUACUCAAUGCUUGUUUUAACUGUUUUUGCAGCUUUGUCUUUUCCGGAUAUAUUAUACCUUGCGUAAACGCCUAAGUAAUUUAUCUUUAGAUAAUUUAUACAAAAUUUUAUAAUUUAUUUAAACGGAUUUUCAUUAAAGAUAAAUACAAGUAUGAAAAUUAAAAAUUAAAACACUUUAUAGAUUGUUCCCAUAACAAACUUACGAAUGCCACAAAAAGUAAAUAACAUACCAUGGAACCACAAUAUCGCGAUAACCCAACGAUUUGCCAACUCGCGGCUAAUCGGACCAAGCUAUUCGCCUAAUCGUGAAUGUGAUGAAAAUGUGCUUCGCUUUGCUGUCGGCUUGGUGCGCAUCAUAGGAUUCUAUUGCGAUAACAUUCGUACGGUUGAUUACACAUCGAGCGCUUUGUUAACAGCAAGAUCUCGUGUUGAUCGUAUGUAUUUGCAUAUAUAAGAAAAUAAUUGAUUCGAGAAAUUCUAGAAUAUUGGCAUUCACAGCAAAUUAAGAAUAGAUAAUAACCAUUUGUGGAGAGAGACUAAGGUGUCGUCCUAACUGAACGAUCGUACGAUGACAAGAUGCAAAAAAAAAUUCUUCAGUCUCCUAAUUCAGAAAGAGUUUAAAUUCAUAUUUCAUUCAUUCAAAUAAAAAUAGACCAUUCGUUUUGGAAACCUCUACAAUUACCAAUUAUUAGAAAACAUUUUAAACAAAACGAUUAAGAUAUAAGUUAAUUAAAUUUCGAAAAGAACGAUUUAGAAAGCUUCUAGUAGUGAAACAAAUUAAGAAUAGGCUAGUUGACCCUUUUUGGAAAAAGGUUUUAAAUGGUUAAUAAAUGUUCUAUUAGACCGAAAAAAAUGUAUUGUAUUUUUUUUAAACCUAGAAAGCUACAAAUCUUUAAUUUUAAAAUAGACUUUUCAUGGACAUACAAAAACGCUGUCGGCCAUUUUAGUCUAUAGAUUAUCUAUUCUAUGACGUGAACUGUGGUAAACAAAAACUCGUAAACACGUAGGAAAUUACUUUUAACUGAGUUUAUAAUAAAAAAAAAACAUGAUUUCUAAUAAAUACCACGAAAAAUAAAGUAAUUAUCAUUAAUGUAUUGUACGAGAAUAUAAAAACACAUCCUUGAAGACUCCAGGAAAGUUGUGGAUUAAAAUGCCGAAAGAAAUUAACCUACGCAACUUUAUUACACUUAUUCAUAUGUUGUAUCAGUUUUAUGUUUAUUACUACAUUGUAAUACUAAAUGCACUGUAUUUACAUAGAUGCCUUGUCAUUUCUCUGCUCCGCAGGGCAGAAAUCGGGGUUUAGUGCAACAAAUUCACCAACCAACCAACCAAUGCGUCAAUUCUUGGCAGAUUUGUGCUUUCUGCUUUCACAAAGCCGGCAUCCAUAAUUAGUUUUGUCAAAAAAAACUAAGUUUAUUGUUUUUUUCUUUCCUAAAGUUAAAAGUGUUUUAAGAUAAAUUUAGUCAGACGAAAGAAUCCACCUACAGU